AUGCCCGACACUAGCAAUAUCUCGUUCUCUUUGACAGCCCUGAUAGAUAAAGAGAGCAAAAAAGUACUAUUAGCCGAAGCUGACAAUGAUUUCAUCGAUAUUCUGUUAAGCUUCAUGACCUUGCCAUUGGGAACGAUCAUGAAGGUUCUCCUCUAUCAUGGGGAAGUGGCCGCCGCCGUUCCUGUAAUCGGAAGUUUAACUACCCUGUACAGAGGGUUAUCUGUUUUGAGCGAUUACCAUUUCUGGGAAGGGCGUUUUAAGCCUCAAGUGAUCAGUCCACGUAGAUAUGAAAUGGAUGGAGUUAAGUUGAAGCUCCAAAUUGGAUCCGAAAUAAUGGACGCGAUUCCAAACUGCAGUAAGAGACCUCGAACUGCGCCUAUUGGAUUUGGCGGUGAAGGUUUUACAGAAAAAUCAGCAUCUUUCAUGAUUUCUGAUGAUCUGAAGAUUGUACCUGUUGAGCCAGGAUAUGUUCGACAAACCCUAACGAAUGUUGGCAUUACAGAGAUGGACAAGGCUGAGAUAAGAACCAGGACUCUCGAUAAAUAUGAGGUUUGA